UGACAACGAAUUUCGCAAAGUUUGUGUUUUUAUUUAAGUUUUAAUGUUUUUAAAGUGCUGUAAAUUAUUGUCUCGUAUCCAAUUUAAUGACAUAUGACCGUAGUGAUAGUAUAAAGUGACCUAAUAAUGGUAGUUUGUAAGUUUUUCCAACAAGGCUAUUGCCGUUACGGGCAAAACUGCAGAUUUGAACAUAUUUAUGGCUCCAAAUAUUCAUAUCAUGCGAAUCCUCCCGCCCAAACUGCACCAGUACCAGCACAGACAAAUAUUGUGACAGAUGAACAAUUAGUCAACCAAGUGAAGUCUGAUAUUCAGUCAGCGCUAAAGGGCGGGCAAUGGAUCAUAUCCAGUUACGCACCCUUCAAAGAAAAGCCAGGAUAUCCAGGCCUGUCAGAUUUGUCACCUGAAGAAGCAAGGUUAUUUAUGUAUGAAGCUAAAGCAAAUAAUAAUGUAGAUCAAGCUGUGGCGUACUUUGACAAUCUGUACAGAGAAUCACGAUAUAAAUAUGAACAAUUACUUCAACCAACAGUAAAUACAAUAAAAAUAUUAAGAAACCUUUACAAAGGAGAGUCUGUUACACCGACUCCUCAAACAUCAUUGACUCCAUCUAAUAAUGCAUCAUCUUUAUUUAGAAGUGCUUUGGGUAAUACAAACACAUCUGUUUUCAAUCAGACCACAAAUCAAAGUGUAUUCAGUCCAAAUACACAAACUGCAGCUAAGUCUAUUUUCGCUGAAGCGAACCAAGCAACAUUCGGUCCAACUAACACAAGUAUUUUUGCAACGAAUGAAACAGCACCUAAGUCAUUAUUUGCGCAAGAAACUCAAAAGAUGUUUGGACCAACACCUACAAAUAACCCUGUUAAUGUUUUCGUCACAACAAAACAAAGCAUUUUUGCUCCAACGGAUUCAGUUGGACAAAAUGUAUUUCCAAGUCAACCAGCCGUUAAUGUUUUUCAAAAACCUGAUCAACCAAGUGAUGUUUUUGAAAGAAAGAAUUCACAAAAUGUUUUUAGCAACGUAUUUGAACAGAAAUCUGAUGCAAAUGAUGAUAUUUACAGCAAAUUGGAAGAUUUAUCUAAUGAUGAGUUAGAAGCUUUUAAGAGUAGCGAAUUUAAAUUAGGCUUUAUUCCAGAAUUGCCACCUCCUAGAGAAUUAUGUUUUUGAACACUUUUUAUAUUAAGUAAAUAGCAACAAAUUGUGUAAAUACUCCUUUUAAGUUUACAAUAGAAAUCAUAAUUUUGUACUGUAUGUAAUUACUACUUGUCACAAUUAAAUGCAAAUUCAAUUUAAUUAAGUAAAAAUU